AUGGCCAAAUUGGGCCAGGACGAUGCGGACAGUACGGACAGUAGGGACGGGACGGACGGGGCGGACGGUCCUUUCCAAAUUUCCGCACCCGUACAUCCGGAAAAUGCCGAGGACAUUAAACUUCGUCCGAAUCGGGACAUUCCUCUUAGACGCGAUAACCAACUCGACGACGAAGGUAAGCAUUUGUUCGCCCUCGAUUCAAUCUUAUAUCUACGUAGUACUAGUAUGAAUAAUCAUAACAAUGCCAACGGUGGUGGAGGAGGAGGAGACCCAAACGGAGGUGCAAAUCACCCGGAAUUCAUGUAUGUCUCUUGGGCUGCCGCGCGAACUCGCGUGCGCCAACAAGUUUAUCACCCGGACUUACCGUUCGUUCCUUACCCACCGGCUCCGGUCUGGCCAGAGAAUACAUGGGCCAUGAUGGUGCUAUGGAUUGCGCGGGAGCGUAGAAUGUUCGAGUUGGAGAUGUUAGAACUUGAGUAUAUCCUGGGACUGCGAGUCGUGACGAGAAAUUUGCAGCAGAAAAAAACUGACAGGCGGCCGACAGCCGCACCAAGAGAUGCCAUUGUAGGAACGGUGAGGUUCUUGCCAAGCGGAACGCCUCAUAGGCAAAUUCAAUAUCUUGACAAGGUCACUCGCGUCAUAGCCAGCGUUGUCCGCGAGGACUCGGACAGUCGGUACUUGUCUCAAGGCAUGGCUGAAUGCCUGUUGUUCCCUAUUCAGUGGCUAUCACUUUUGAGAGACCGUGCCUUAGUUCCAGAUCAAUACGAGAUAGUCGCACACGUACAGGUAUUUGCGAUUAAUAUGUCCUCCGUUCCCGAGUUCAGAGCAAUAGCUUUGAAAAGGAGUGGGACUGUGUUUUUCAUCCUACCUUUGUCCAAGUAUGAGUCUAUUUGGAUCAACGGUGUCGAUGUCAAUGCGAGCCACACCUUAAAGUGCACAGAUCUCAGCGAGCACCACGUGUGCCCCGCUAUGACUAUUGGUCGAUCGAGGGCUGGGUUUCCUCCACGGACCGCAAGUUGGAAGUCCUCCCAACUGCGUUUUGGCUUAUCGAGCAACACCUUGGACGCAUUGGAACCACCCUUGUCAGGUUUACAAUACGGAUAA